AUGGGGCCGGUGGUUGAGCUAAGAGCCCAGCUCCGAGCCCAGAACGAUGAGCUCAGCAUGGCGCUAACUCACCUUCUGCCUCUGCUGGAUCGCCCGCCGGCCCCCACGCUCUCUCUGGACACCAGGUACACAGUGUAUCUCCCAGGGGAGCGGGUUACCCUCACAUGCUCGGCUCCUGAGCCUCAGCGGGUUUCGGGAUACAGAUUCUUCUCUCAAGAAGGGCAGCAGGACCCCAGCGUAGUCCAACACCCAAAUGAAGGUGCCCGGCUGGAGCUCACAGCUGAGAAGGGAAAUGCUGGGACAUACACCUGUGCGUACUGGAGACAGGAAUCCAAUCGAGAGAUCUCAUCUAGGAACAGCAACUCCGUCUCCAUCAGAGUGACAGAUACCCCUGCAGCCCCCACCCUCUCCCUGAGCCCCCCGCGCUGGCUGUACCUCACUGGGGAGUCUGUUCGGCUCACGUGUUCGCCUCCCCGUGGAGAUGAGGCAGUUACAAGAUUUCAGUUCUACAAGUACAGGGGAAGCAUCAUCUCACCUGAUGUCUUAUCCAACUCCGGGGCCACAAACUUUAAAUUGAAGCUAGAGGACUCCGGGUCGUACACCUGCCUGUACUGGAUACAUCCAUCCGGAAGGGAGAUCCCAUCUGUGAAAAGUGCCCCGGUCUCCAUCUCUGUGAGAGAUCCCCCGCCUGCCCCCACGCUCUCUCUGGACCCCGAGUACACAGUGUAUCUCCCAGGGGAGCGGGUUACCCUCACGUGCUCGGCUCCUGGGAGUGAGCUGGAUUGGAGAUACAGAUUCUUCUAUCAAGGGCAGCAGGACCCCAGCGUAGUCCAACCCCCGAAUGAAGGUGCCCGGCUGGAGCUCACAGCUGAGAAGGGAAAUGCUGGGACAUACACCUGUGCGUACUGGAGACAGGAAUCCUAUCGAGAGAUCUCAUCUAGGAACAGCAGCUCCGUCUCCAUCCCAGUGACAGAUCCCCCUCCCCAGCCGGCACUGAGUGUGGAUCCCCCGUCCGGAGUGGUGAGCGAAGGGAUCCCCCUGCUCAUCACCUGCACGGCCCCGCGGAACACCGGUCAGCAGAGGUUUCACUUCUACAAGGACAGAGCCGAGCUCAUCCCUGGGGACGUGGGGUCUGAGAUCAACGCGACAGAGCCCAGGACUGUCUCUAUGAACACCUCUGUGCUCAGAAUCCCACUGAACAGUUCAAACAACACCGGGGAAUUCAGCUGCGGGUAUGAGGAGAAUGUGGGCGGGAGAUGGAUCCCGUCCCCCAGGAGCUGGGCCGUGACUGUCACCGGGAAUGUCACAGUGUCAGCUCGCAGCUUCCUCUGGGUCCGGGAGCUGGUGGUGGGUGGCUCCUUCUUCCUCAUUAAUGGUCUCAUCUUCCUCGUCUCCCACUGCUGCUUCUAGAUCCAGGUAACUGGCGUGUUCUGGGAAGGGGGCCCUUCAUUCUGUGCCUUGGAUUCUCUCCACAAGGUGACCCGUUUGAUCUGCAAUCUCUCCCCUUCAAUUACAGCCUGGAGGGGGAGGUUCUGGUGGAAAGUCCAGGUGUGAGGACUGAGAAACAUCCACAGGAUCUGAAAGGGCUGUGGGAACCAUGAACACUUCAGCAACCAACCAAAAUGUAGCUGUAUCCGAGGUGGGGCAUGGCCACUGUUUCACAGCUGCACAACCCUUGUGCACAGAAUUUGCUUGCCCAGUGUGAACCCAGACAAUCCUGUAUUCACACCGUACAAGAGGUUGCAAUGACGUGUGUACAAACUCUGCCUUGCGAGGUAUCAUUUCAAACUCCCACCACACUGGUCAAUAAUAUCACUGUGGAGUAUAGGUGAGAACGCUGAAGGUGGAGAUAUGGCCGACCUCUGUGAGUCUGUUUUAAAGCCUGUAUUUGAACACAGGGGAACCAGGUCUGCCCAGGGCUUGAAUAGAAAUGAAGCCAGGUGACCAGUGACAAAAGAAAUAGGAUGUACAUGGGCGUUAAACAAAGCCAUUGAGCCACCAAGGAGAGGAGGUGACGUCUCAGCUAUGGACAGGGCAGGAGAAGGCACCCCCAGGAGACCUUCCUUCCUGAAGCAGUGUCAAUGAACACAGAGAGACAUGCUCUCCUGAACUACAGACAGGGCCGGCUCCAGGCACCAGCAUUCCAAGCAGGUGCUUAGGGCAGCAAUCUGCAAGGGGCGGCAUUCCAUGUGGUUUUGUCGUUCCAAGCAGUGCACCAAAUUGCCGCCGCGGGUGGCAGGGGCAGUCAGUGUGCAAUUAGGACGGCACGUGCAUUUCCGCGGCGGUGGCAAUUUGGCGGCAGCUUCUAUGUUCAGCUGCCCGCGGCGGCAAUUCGGCGGCUUCUGUCUUCCGGCUGAAGACAGGAGCCGCUGAAUUGCCACCGCCCUGGAAACGUGCGUGCCUCCCUAACGGUACACGGACUGCUCCCGCCAUCUGCGGCGGCAAUUCGGUGCGCUGCUUGGGGCGGCAAAAACAGUAGAGCCGGCUCUGACUACAGAGAGAGGGACAGUGAACCCCCAAAUUCUCUUCCCCCUAAGACAACAAGGGAAACCAGCACCUCACACUUCCCAGGAAGGUCAGGAUCGAGAACCUGUUGCCCAGGCCAGACCAAGAGUAACCGGAAAGCGAAAUCACCUUCAACGCAGACUGUGCCUUGCUGC